AUGUCUUCCAGCAACAACCCCUCUAGCAAUCCAUCUUCGGCACCCCUGGAUGAUUUGCCCGGAUACCGUCGUGAUAUCAUGAGCGUGGCCAGCGACAGUUCGUCCCCGUUCCGUCAGAAGUGGACCAACGGUACUCUGCUUUACGACAUGCCCCCGGAGGAGGUUCUCACCGUACUGUCGGAAAAAUACCUGGCACUAACUCCCAAGGUGAUAUUCCUGGACAAGUUGCCUAAAUCGGAGCUUCCCUUCGUGAAUUCUGAACUGGCCGACCCGGAAGUCUGGGAGCGCGAGCUGAUCAAGGACCACCGUCAGGCUACACUGGCUAAACUGGAGGGAAAGAGUGUUGGCGAUGUUCGACGCGAGGACGACCGGGCGCCGGUUGAGCGAAUACGUCAAGGAAAACAAAUACAGAUGCGCGUUCUGCUCGUCAAGCGCCGCAAGGGUGUUAGCUCCCGGAAUUUCUGCCUUCGUCGUGAUGUCGAGGACCAGGAGAUUGCGAAAGAGUUUGAUCGCGCGCUUCUGCUGCUCGUCGAGGAGAUCCAGAAGCAGCGGCUCACGGCUGCCAAGGCGAACGGGGUGAAAUGCCUGAGUGAUGAUUGA